AUGGCCGGAUUCAUGCACGCUGACUACGGAGGCAUGCCGCCUAAGCAAGAUCUCUCCAAAUUCGUUUUCCCCGUUCUCAAGAGUGCCAAUAUUUUGCAAUGCAUGACGGAAUUGGGCAUUGAACUUACAAAGGAAGAGCUCACGGAACCUACUCGCCACAAAGACAAGAUCCGCAAGGUUUUUUGGCAGCUAUUGGACAUAUGCUGUGGUACUACUGAAGAAGAUCUUGAGAAACAAGCCCCGCCCACUGAUGGUUUACUUUAUCCAGAAGUUCAUGACAGCUUUAUCGAUAUGAUGUUCUUUAGGGACUUGCGCCAAUGCAUGACUAUCUGUGGAGUCUUUGACUUUUCUUUGAAAGACCUUUACGUCCCUAGAAAGGACCGCCUUCGAACCCAGCUGAGUGCGCUCAUCAAUAUGGCCAAGUUCCGCGAAGAACAGCUCAAAAUGUAUGCUGAAUUGAACGAACCUAGAGCGCAGUACCUCUCGGAACUCGCUCUCCGUCAUGAAGAGAACAAGGAGCUUGAAGCACACCGUGAGGAAGCUAUGGCAAAGAACUAUGAAGUCAUGGAAGAGAUGGAUAAGAUCGUCUCGGAAUGCGACGAACUCGAAGCCGAAAUUUCCAGAAGAAACAAAGGGCAACGAGAAGCGCGCUUACUCGUUGAAAACCUCAAGAAGGAAGGCGUUGUUCUCAAUGACAAGUUUCAAUCUGCGAAAUGGACUCUAGAAGAGGCUCGAAAUGAAGCAGAACAGCUAAUGGCUCAAGUAGUAUCCUCGCCAGACCGCAGAAAAGAAGAACUUCUUCGAAAGAGAGAGCGUCUCGAAAAAGCAAAGGCUGAAGUAAGAAACCUGCAAGAGUUGAUCCAGACAAACAAGGCCAACACAAUCAUAGUCCAGCAAUCAGUCAAAGAAAUUGAAGAAGCUAUGGAACUUCAAAAACAAGUUAUUGAAGAAGCAGAACGGUAUGAGGAAUCGAUGGGAGAGGUGCAGAAGACCAUGAAAGAGGUGGAGGAGAAUAACGAAAAGAUCCAAGAGCUGACCGAAAAGGCUGAUGAAUCGGAGCGUGCAUUGUUACGAGUUGAAGAGAAGCUAGCCCAUAUGCGAAAACAAAGCAAGAUGAAAAUGGAAGCAGCACAAGACCGCCUUGAAAUAGCCAAGGAGCAACUUGUCCAAGUUGAGAAAGAGAGACGAGAAGGUAUGGCACGCGUCAAUGCAGGUGAAGCGGAAGUGCAGGCAUUGAAGGCCAAGAUGGAGGAAGAACAAAUCAAGACCAAUAAGGAGAUUGAUGCCAUGAUUGAAGAAUACAAGAAGGCGGAAAGUGUCUUCAUGGCGAGAAACGAGCGUCGAAUGCAAGUCAUUGAGGCUGCUUUUUAA